AUGCAUUUAUCUCCCAUUUCAGCUCAGACGCCAUUACGUUUUGGUGGUGUUCAACAGCGAGAAAAAGAAAAAUUAUCAUCCUCUACAUUUUCUCCAUCUCGUUCAACAAAAUUUACUGUACAGCAUUUUACAACGGCAGCAGCACCACCAUUAGCAAUACAACAGCAUAUCGAUGAUAACGAUGAACAACAUUCAAAUUCAAUAACAACAUCAAGUUUUGGUGAAUCGAGUAAUAUGGCAACAUCAAGAAUACAUUCUACAGAACAAAAAUCGCCUAAUGUAUUGAUGGGCCGAUCGAACAUGAAUAAAAAUACGCCAAAUACACAUUUAGCUGGCAGCAAUAAUAAUGUGUCAUCUCUAAAAAAGCCAUUAUCGGGUACAAGAAAAGCUGAUGCUGGUAAAAGUCAACUACUCGAAGAAUCAACGUCUGUUCGAAUGCCUAAUACUGUACUGGCUGGGACAAAAUCAGCGAUACCCAGUGAUUAUCAAUUCACAAAUAUAAAUCAAAAUCAAUCGAAAAAUAAAAUUUUAUCAUCAAAAUCAAAAUAUUCUCCACCAAAUCAUUUAUCAACGUUAAAUGAAGCUGAACAUAUCAUUAAGUCAAAAUAUACCGAAUUGUUGGUUAAUUUUUUUGAAAGUCGCCAACCGUCGUAUAUAUUUGAACCUGUUAGAAAAGAAUAUUAUUGGACUGAUCCGUCGUUUGAUGAAGAUAAAAUAAGCAAAUUGGAAAAAUUACUGAGAAAUACAUCGUAUUUUGUUCAAAGUAUAUUUUGGUAUAUUCGAAUACUACUAGCAAUUCUUAUUACUAUACCAAUAGAAAUUGUUCAUACGUUUCUGGAUGGCCUGAUUAAGCCAUUUUUGACACGCGUACCUGUUAUUGCAGCCGAUACAAUAAUUAAACCAUUUCAUUCGGGAUUAUUUAAUUGUUUGAUAUUACCUAUUGGUAUUUUUUUAUGGAAUUCAACAGAUGUAUUAGCGCGAUCAAUUGAACCAUUAUUUCGUUUAAUUAAUAUAUUGUUUGAACCGUGUGUCGAUUGUUUUCGAGUAGCAUAUCGACGUAACGGCGGUAGAAGAAGUCAUUUCAGAACAAAUGAUGAUAACAAUGUAUUAUUAAAAUUAGAUGGUUUAGAUGAUGAACAAAUGGGUGAUAGUGAUCGACGAAAUCGAGAAGUAUCAACAACAUGUGUUUAA